AUGCUGACAUUGGAAUGCCUGAAUGGCUUGACUACAAGACAAGGCAUCGAGGAGAACAAGACUCAUUUCUGGGGCAAUGACCCCUCCAUUCUGCUCAGACCGGUCGAAACCUCUGUCGCAGACUUCACCGUUGGCAGUGGCGUCGACAUAUACACGUCAACAGUCCUCCCAGCCCUCGAGUCCGCCCAGUACGAGAUCCUCUUCGUCACAUGCUUCUGGGCCCAUUCGGCAUCUUUGAAAAAACUCUGCUCUACACUUGUUAAGCUCUCUGACAGGGCUCACUCCCAAUCCACGAGCACACCCAAGCUACGAGUAAGCCUCUGCUUCUCCUCCCGCUCGUUGACUCAAAAGCUCUUUUAUGCCUCCUCCGCAACCGGCUACGUAUACCCGCCAUCAAAAUGGCGCUCGCUCGGCCUGCCGCCGCCAGAAGAUCUGGAAGGGUUGAAUCUACAAGUCAAAAGUCACUUCGUUUUACCCUUCAGCGUCAUGCAUCCUAAAUUCGUCGUAAUUGACCGGCAACGAGUCCUCCUACCCAGCUGCAACCUUAGCUGGGAGAGCUGGCUUGAGUGCUGUCUACCACUGACUGGUCCCAUCGUCAAUUCGUUCGUCCAGUUCUGGCAGCAUACUUGGGGCCGCAAUGACUGGGCUGACAUCCCACCCACUUCUCUUCCCUACCGAGCAUCCUCAGUCGUGACAAACCAUACGGCUCUCUUCCUCCCAUCUCCGCACCACCGUAACCCACAUUUUCGGCUUCUGCCAUUCACGUCUUUCGCGCCACCUCCACCUACGCCUCUGAACGCGCUUAUCCUAUAUCUUUUUUCCCGGGCUCGGGACAGCAUUGUUUUAUUGACCCCGAACCUUACCUCUCCACCCGUGAUAUCCGCUCUCCUAGAAGCCAUAACUCGAGGCGUCAACGUCACCGUAAUCACGAACCGCCGCAUGAUGAUACUGGAACAGCUUAUCACCUCCGGUACCAUCACAGAGCUAUGUGUGUGGAAGCUUCGUCGGCGCUAUGACAGAAUGAGCCGCCGAAAAAUGUCGCCAUACCACUUCGAGGACGCGGAAAAUGGAGUAGAUGCUCGAACCAUUGGUUUGUUACGAAUAGGCUACUACUGUCCUACAAUUGAGUACAAGAGGACGCAUAUCAAGUGCAGCAUCAUCGACGAUCGGGUUGUCGUUUUGGGUAGUGGUAAUAUGGACCGUGCGAGCUGGUACACGUCUCAAGAGCUAGGUGUCGCCAUUGAGAGCGAAGAAGUGGUAAAGGGGGUUUGGAAGGCCAUUGAGGGGAGCUUUGAAGAAGAGAUCUGGCGAGGCGUUGACUGGCUGUAA